ACUGUCAAUGCAUGAAAUGAAGGAAAGGAAACAGCACACGCUUAAUUACGUGCUAGUUGGAAUCUGUCUCCUGACUGUUGGAGGAGAAAGGGGGAGACAGGUUACAUGGGAAUAGCCUGUAAUAUCGGGACUGGUGCUUUCUUUAUUUGGGACGGUAGUGAUUCGUUAGUUUGACAUCUCAGUGCUUUUACAGUUUGUGUUAUUGUGGGGUGGACGAGUAGAUCCAUGUUUUCGGGUAAAGUUAAAUUAAUAAAAGAGAGACAAUGCGCAAGGAAAAUGUUUUCACGGAGAUUAAAGGCAAAGCUGAAAAAUGAGACUUCUCUACUGUUGCAGCAAAACUAAUUCCGGUCAAAUUGGAAACAAGGGUGUUGAUGAGGUGACGAUCACUUUUUUCCCUCUUUUUUUCCUGUGAAGCUGCGCAAAGUAGUGCCCUUUGUUAUCGCUCGUUUCCGCUCAGGCUGUUUCAUAUGUUGCAUUCAUAUAUUUGUUUUUUGGGUUAGAUCGCCUGACGUCUGCGUUAAAAUGUCUUAUAACCUUCAGCAACCAGGACUCUGUAUUUUUGCAUUGCGGUGGUAGCUCUCACGUGAGUUGGCAGCAAAAACAGGAUUUCAUAACAUUAUGUUUGAACACACAGAGGAAAAAAUAUAUUUUAAAGAUUUUUUUCGUUAUUUUGUGUAGCUUGAAGGUGGUUUAACGGUCAAAGUGCGUUAGUCACUAGUAAUGCAAGUACCAGAAAUUAAAAAAAGAAAUGGGCCAAAUCUAGAUAAAAGAGUGAUAAACGGGCUGUGUUUCUAUCUGGCUGUUAUUCCUGUGGUAAGAGCCCUUUUUCUGGCUGGAUACUUUGUCAUAUCUGUUGGCGCUGCCUCUGAUGUCACUGAAUGAGCAGUGCGGGCUUCCAGUGCGCACCUUCGGGGACGCAGCAGUGGCACAGCCAGUGGAUUGUGCUGUGCGUUCGCCAACUACCCAGAAACCUUUUGUUUCUCACGUUUUUCCUCGCAUCCGGAUUUCAGUCCGUGUUUGCACUUCUGCUCAUCCGCCUGGGUUUAUUCCAAUGAACUUUUUUGGAAGCGGGAAAGCAGUCGCCAGAUAUUCUGCUGUCUUGGUCUGCACCAAUUUAAGUUGAGCGGUCAGUUUACGCCCAACAGCAGCAGCAACAGCAGUAGCGGCGGCGGCGGCAGCUUUCAGCACCAUGGAGAGCAACGUGGUGCACAUCUUCAAAGAGGACCGGUGUCCCUCGGGCCAGCCGGGGGAGUGCAUCCCAAACUUCACCUGGCAACCUUCGGAUAUCUUCAACUACACUGCCAACGGCACCUGGGAUGCUGAACCCGAGCCAAUGUCGCCCAUCAUCCCCAUCAUAGUCGCCGUUUACUCCAUAGUGUUCGUGGUGGGCUUAGUCGGCAAUUGUUUGGUGAUGUAUGUCAUCAUAAGAUACACAAAAAUGAAAACAGCCACCAACAUCUACAUCUUUAACCUGGCCGUGGCCGACGCCCUGGUCACCACCACCAUGCCCUUCCAGAGCACCGACUACCUGCUCAGCUCCUGGCCGUUUGGCGAGAUAGCGUGCAAAGUUUUCAUCUCCAUCGAUUACUAUAACAUGUUCACCAGCAUCUUCACCUUGACCAUGAUGAGCGUGGACCGCUACGUAGCUGUGUGUCACCCUGUUAAGGCCUUGGAUUUCCGGACCCCCGUCAAGGCCAAGAUCAUCAAUGUUAUCAUCUGGGUGCUGUCAUCGGCUGCUGGGAUCCCUGCCAUGAUACUGGGCAGCACCAAUACUAAUAAUGGGACUACAGAGUGUGCUUUACAGUUCCCUGAUCCCUACAUCUACUGGGACACGCUGAUGAAGAUCUGUGUCUUCAUCUUUGCAUUUGUGGCACCGGUCAUCAUUAUAACUGUCUGCUACACUCUGAUGGUCAUGAGGCUGAAGAGCGUGCGGCUGCUGUCAGGCUCACGCGAGAAGGACCGCAACCUGCGUCGCAUCACCCGUCUGGUGCUGGUGGUGGUCGCCGUCUUUGUGGUGUGCUGGACACCCAUCCACAUCUUCAUCUUGGUCAAGACGCUGUCAACAAAUGUCCCCGAGACCACGGCUGUCAUGGCCGCCUACUUCUUCUGCGUGGCGCUGGGCUACACCAACAGCAGCCUUAACCCCAUCCUCUAUGCUUUCCUGGAUGAGAACUUCAAGAGAUGCUUCAGAGACUUUUGCUGUCCCAGAACACAAGGACAAGGUGACUGUCAUGGAGUGAGCCGUGUGAGAAGCACUCUGCGGGAUCACUCGUGCCCUGCAGAAGCUCAGGGAGGUGUAAAGCAAGCUAGGCCUGUAUGACUAGCCAUGGACAUGUCCUCUAUGCCCUAUCAGAGCUGGGAGGACUCCAAUGAGCUGGGCUUAACUCAAAUCACUACAGCUAUCUGAGAUAAAAGCCAGAGUCAGGGCCAGAUUUUUAGCUCUGUAUCCAGCACGUUGGUCAAAUAAGCCAAAAACAAAUUCACUUAAAAGAUUAGCCUGGUGCUAAUCUAUGUUUUAUUCUUACUACACAAAUCCCAUGAAAAGGCCACAACCAACAAAGAUUGGAGCUUCUAAUUUUAUGUACGCUACUCUGCUGCAAUGAAUGAGUCACUAAAGCCGCUAAAAAGUAUUAAUUCCUCACUAAAAACAGUCACCAAGGAAUACACUUCAGUCGUGUUGGAGGCCACAGAACACAGAUAAUUAAGCCUUAAAAGAAUGAACAGUAAGUAAUAGUACACAGAGAUGACUUAAGUUUUUAAAAGAUGCACAGACAUGAAUGGGCUUCAGUUCAAGUUAUGUAAAAAAAAUUCUUGAGAGAAGGAUGAACCUGUUGGUGGUUUGGGUAUUUAAGUAUAAAAGAGUUUAAAGUCCCACUUCGCAGGUUUAUCAUUAAAGGCAUUAUGUUACUUUUUAUUGUUUUUUAUCUUCUUUUUUUAAAAACCAUAUUCAAGGAUAGUGGGAUGCAUCAUCAUCAUGCCCAUGCAGAUAUCUGCUAAAUAGUGAUAAGAAAUAUACAGGCAAAACACUACAUUAAUCAGAAGUCUUUUCAGAAAGCCAUAUUAUUUGCCAGAAAAUUGCAUCAAAAAUAUAACAUUGACCCCACAAACACACUCAAGAAGUCUAGGUCUGUGAAGUGGAUUUGCAGUAUUCCUUGUAUCCUUAAGCCUUAAUGCAAAAAGAAAAUGAGUUAGUUACAAAAACGAUGACAACUAAGACAAAAACCUGUCCCUGUCUAGUUGCUGUGAAUGUGGAAAUUAGCUACAGAAAUUGAAAUCAUUAAUUUUACUGCAAACAUUAAAGUCGAGUCCCAAAAGGUUGAUUCUGUUCAUCUCGAUGCAGCGUUUUCAGUGGGAGAAACGUUUCACUCAUCCAAGAGACUUCUUCAGUCUCAGCUGACUUUAGCUUUUCCCAACCUAAUAAACAGUACAUUUGCACAAUGAUUGAAACUAGCCCACUGAAUCAACCUGUUGGGAUUCGGUUACCUGGAUGAUUGAGCAUGCAUCAAGACAUUAAAGUCAGAUAUUUUGACACUGCAGUCUGUGGAGAACGACUUGCUUUUGGAGACUGCCUCGAGUGGCCAAUUGAGGAACUGCAGUUUUUGCACCUCUUCACAUUGUUGAUCGCAACAUUGCAAAGAUGAAGCCAGAUGUUUAAAGAAGAUAAACACUUUUUUUUAAACUAGACCUGUAAACUGUCUGGGCUUUCGUAUUAUCAUGAAUAAGAUCAAAGCUCUUUAAAAAACUGGAUAAAAAAAGUGACUGUCACUGAUGAUUUUGGGAACAAUGUGCAUUACCGUGUGUCAUUGUUUUAUAGAUGUGCACUGCAGUUUGGUGCUUUGGUGUUAAAAGUGUGUGAAUAGUCCUUUCACUCUGACAGUUAACUAGUGUAGAAUAUUUAAUAGCCUCUCAGGGAUUAAUCCUCUGAUAUUCACAACUUAAAACGCUGAAGAGAGUGAAUCAAAGUAUUUUCUCCUUGACCCGCUGCUUGACUUUGAUGACGGCUUCAUUGUCAGAACAUCAGUAAGCAUUGUUCUUCAGUUGUAGGUUCAGUUUGAAGCUGAACUGUAUUAAUUGCAUCUUUGAACAUUUACAGCUGUGAUGCUGCAGUCUCUUUGAGAUAACAGGACACAGUGUCAGCCUGUUCUCAUCUACUCUGAAACUAGAACCACAUGUAAAAGAAAAAAAAUGGGCAGAGGGCUUUAAGGCAACCGCCAUCAGGAUAACAGUGUAUUGUAUCUACACAACAGUGCUUUCAGCAUUUAGUGCAAUUUAAUGUCUAUACUGUAAAUUUCCUCUCAACCUGUCCCCAUAGUCUGGGCUUGGUAAAUGUGUGUUUGUGAGUUUAUGUACUGAAAUGUGACACAGAGCAUUAGAUUCUAAUGGCAACACAUCGGCUCUUUCAGCUUUACAUACAUUUUUCAUCAGCCGCAGUCAUUCUGAAUGAAACGGUUUGUUAUUAUGGCCAUCGCUCUUUCACUGCACACAAAUACCGAAAGUUUUUUUAUGGUGUGUUAAAUUCCUUCCAUUUUAGAUGGUUCAAAGUGCUUCGUAAUGGUCUAUGAUAAGUCUUUCUUUCAUCUUUGUAAAACGAUUUACUGACUCGUCCUUGUUUGCUGAACUUAUUAUUGUAGCUGUUCUAGUAGCCAUCAGGUCACCCAGAUUUAAUCAAAUAAACUCUUAAAUGUAAUGUAAUAUAUUUACCUGUUUAAACCUGAUAAAGAUAUAGUGUUAUAGCAGAAGUUGUGUUUUGUGCCUUGUUUGUGUGCCUUAUCUUCUGCAUCAGAGUUCAGCUAUUGUGCUUGUUCAAAAUAAAAGAGCAGGUAGAUUUUAGCACUUACAGUUUAAGACUUAUUGUACUCAUGUAAGAGGAUUAACAUCUUACAGCGGAUAUGUGUUGUUAUGAUAUGUUUCUCUUACUUAUUCCUCUAAUGCUAUUAAGUUAUUUGAUGCAGCACAAUAUCAGCUCAUGUAUGUCUAAUGCUGCUACUGCUGAUGUGGAUGUUUGGACAUAUUUUGAUGUAUCUUUGAGCUUUGGAUGUCAAAAACAUGUUUCACACAUGCACAACUAAGUCACAAUAAAGCUGAGAAAUGUGAGAGUCAAGGUUAAUACAAAGGAGAGCUUCAGUUCAGUCUUCAGUUAUAUCAGCGUGGGCACAAGGAAGUAAAAAUUUUUUUUUUUUAAACCUAAUAUGUCAAAAAAAAGUGGUGGGGAGACUGUAUAGCCCACCUCCUCAGUGCUUCUAUUUUUCAAGGUAUUAUUAAGUAAAUUCAAUUCAGAUAUAAAGUUUAUGUUUCCAUGGUGAACACACUGUGGGAGAGGCAGAGGUCCAUGCUUGUUGUGCUAAUUGUAUGGCACUUUGUGUAGUCGGCCUCGUGGAAGAAUCUGCACUGACUGUAGGUUCAUCCCCUGUGUGAAGACUUUAAUGAUAUGUUGGUGCUGCUUUGAAAUUUCUAUCUUUUUUAUUUAUCUUGUUGAUUUGUCUUGAUUUGUGUUUGAGCUUGUGAAUAAGACGGGGUUAUUACUAUUUGAAGGUGUGGGGAAAAGAACAAACCAAUAUUUGGGUUUUUUAAAAUUUGUUUUUAAAUUGUUAACAAUAUUCUAAUGAAUAAUACAUACUAAAUUGUUAAAACUUGGCUUAAAGAAGAUUGACAGGAUGGUUAAUGUAAAGUUGUAUAAACAGGCAGAUGGUGAAUGGACUGGUUCUCGUACAGCAUUCUACAAGAACACUCAUUGCACUUUAUACAGCAUGCCUCACCCACAGAAGCAGUUGUGCUUUCAGUGAUUUACAUCAAAGAGCAAUCUGGGAUUAGUAUCUUGCCUAAGGAUAAUCAGCACCCAGAUUGGAGCAGCCAGGGAUCGAACCACCAACCAUCGGCCUAAUAGAUUGGGUAGCUCCGCCUCCUGAGCUACAAGAGGUGGUGGCAGCAUGCGUCCUGCUAGUGUACUCUCGCUUUCACUAGCUGAUUGUUUGAAACCUAACGAUUUUUUAUCAUUUCAUUGUUUUUUAGUGGUAUUAGAACCAUUUCUACUACAAUUUAACCAUCCACUCACUGUUUAUUUAUGGUAGUUGAAAUAAAAUGUUGCCUAAUGUGAAAACUGUUUAUGUUGAUCUUAUAAAAUCAGCAAUUCUGUGACAGUUAAGAGGUUGGGAUG